AUGAAGAGGGUGGCGCUCAUUGGGAGAGUUAGUGGGUUUAUCAUUGAGAUUAUGUUCGCCCAAUUCGUGAAGUCCCCUGCUCCGAUCAGUGCGUCGAUUAUGUUGUUCAGUUGUUGGGGCGGCAGUGAUGGUGGCGGCGUGUGUGGCGGAGGAGGUGGUGGAGGAGGUGGAAGAGGUGGCGGUGAAGAUGGUGAUUUAGGAGGAGGAGGUGGUGGCGGCGUUGUUCGUAAUGGAGGUGGGGGAGGAGAUGGUGGGGGUGUUGGCAAUGGAGGUGGUACAGUCGGAGGGGGCGGCGGUGGUGGUGGAGCGGAGGAGGUGGUGGUUGGAGGUUGUGCUGGAGCUGAGGUACUGAUUAUGGGGUUGAUGAUGGUGAGUAUGGUAAGGAAGGAGAGGAGAGACGGGAAGUUGGCCAUCACUCUGUUUUCUUGCUUUCUUGCUCUGUUUUUCUUGGAAAAUCUUUUCAAUCUGGUCAAGUGGAGUUGA